AUGGCGAGGUUUUAUAGGGCGGAAGUGGCAGAGCGAGAUGAAGCUUCGCCACGGCUUGCCUCUUGCGUCAUCUCAGGGGCUCGCCAGAAGUGGAAGACUCUGAAGCCAUGGCGAUCGGUAGCAUCGAAGGCCAUUCGAGAGCAUGAAGAGGCUCGUACCGAUGCAGAAAGUGAACUUGACAAAAACAAAGACAUGCAAGUUCAGAAGAAAUCUGAUCCAGUGAAAGGGCAAUGGACUACAGAAGAAGAUAGGAUGUUGAUUGAAUUGGUUGAGAAACAUGGCCUCAAGAAAUGGGCUCUUAUUGCUCGAAUGCUAAAGGGGAGAAUUGGAAAGCAAUGUAGAGAAAGAUGGCACAACCACCUAAGGCCUGAUAUCAAGACUGGUAGUUGGACAGAAGAGGAAGAUAUGAUCCUGAUACAGGCUCACGCUGAGGUGGGCAAUAGGUGGGUCGAGAUAGCCAAGCGAAUGCCGGGUCGAACCGAGAACGCCAUUAAGAACCACUGGAACACCAACAGGCGCAGGCAAUCUUCCUUCCAGCAGAACCGCAAGUCCAGGAGGGAUGGCACACCUAGUCCACUCUUACUCAGCUACAUCCAGAGCUUGAAUCAAAAGAAACCCUUCACUGAAAGCAGCAGCAGCAGCAACAAUGACGAUAUCAUCAAUUACAUAAUUCCAAGCUAUUUAAACCUGACCACAAUUCCUGCUCCAGUGCUUGCGUCCGAACAGAGCAUAUUACAGCCGCAGCCACAGCCACAGCCACAGCCUCAGCCUCAGCCUCAGCCUCAGCCUCAGACUCACUACAUGAAUGACGAUGUCUUCGACAAUACUGACGGAUUGCAAUUCCUCCUGGACGGUUGGGACUUCGAUAAGGAUGAUACGAGCUGUGUGUUUGAAGAACUGGCUGGGGAUGUGCUGCCGAUUAGUUCAAGUGUGCAUGUGCAGAAAGAUAUGGACCUGAUGGAGAUGAUAGAUGCGGCGACCAACAAGAACAGUGAGUAG